AUGGCCCUGAGGCCACUGCGGAAGGUGGACACCACUCUGCACACCACACAGGAGACAGAGAGGGGCACCUCCAGGCAUCGAGUGCACAUCAGAGGUGAAGAGCGAGGGACCAGAGGACCAGAGAUGAGGCCCAGGAGCGGAGCUUUUUGGGUGGCCUUGUGGCUGUGGGUCCUGUGGACACUGGGUGUGGCCUCGGACUCCAGGGGGACAGUGCCCAGGCGCUGCCUGCUGUCACACUACCGCUUUCUGGACCCGAAGGCGCUGGCGGCAGUCAAGGCGCUGAGGGACAGCUACGAGGAAGAGACCCUGAGCUGGAGGCCACGCAACUGCUCCUUCCGCCCCCGGAGGGACCAUCCGCGGCCCUCGUCCUGUGCUGGGCUGCGCCACGUGGCCCGCAGCAUCGCGGACGCCCAGGAGGUGCUGAGGGGCCUGCGACACCCGGAGAUGCUCCCAGGCACCGAUCAGACCCUGCAGCUGUUGGCGGCAGCGGGACGCGACCUGGAGACCUGCCUCCAGCUGAUCCCGCAGGGCUCCAGGAGGAGGUCCCCCAGGCCACCGCGGAGGCGUCACAAACCCCGCAGAGCUGACUCGCCUCGCUGCCAUGAAGCCUCUGUCAUCUUCAACCUGCUGCGCCUGCUCACGCGGGACCUCAGGCUGGUGGCGCACUGGGGACCCUGUGUCUGA